UGGGGGGCGGGGCCGAGGUCCCCAGUCCGGUGGCUGCCGGGUGGGGCGGCACCAUGAAGUCAGCCAAGAAGGACUCCCGCUCCCGAGUCCCCGCUGGCAGGGUUUUAGAGCCCACCGAGAACAUCAAAGAAAAGAAGCGGGCAAAGAUCCCUGAGCAGUCCACGCCCCCCAUCCAGGAGGAGCCUGAGCCGGUCAGCAACGUGCUGCAGGGAGAUGACAUUCUCGCCUUGGCCAUUCAGAAGGAGGACUUGAGGAAGCAACACAUCCCUCGCCACGUGGAAGACAGCCCCGCCGUUACCCAGAAAAUUUUCAUCCGUAAGCUCAAACCCAGGGAUUCUCGGAAGAAGGUCCAGCACUUAGUAGCACACCCCGCACACCCAGAUGUGGCCGAGAAGCCCCUGGACUACUCGGGUCCCCGUGACAGCUUUGAUGGCCGGGACCGGAUCCUGCCUCACCACAUCUUGGGGACUCUCCAGGACUUCAAGAGAAUUGCACUUGCUCGAGGGAACACACGGCUGGCUGAGCUGAUCCGCACCCCACCCAGCGUCACGACCCUCAUCUCAGCUAGGGAAGAGCCAACACCAGAGGUCCCGAAGCAACAGGAGAGGCAUCCCUGGGCCCGGCCGCCUCAGCAAAACUUCCUGAAACACUGGCGCAGGCACCUGGCCCUGAGGAAGAAGCAGCAGGAAGCCCUCAGUGAGCAUCUGAAGAAGCCGGUCAGUGAGCUGCUGAUGCACUCAGGAGAGACCUACAGACAGAUCCAGGAGCAGCGGGAGUGCAUCAACCGCUGGCUGCCGACCAGGCACGAUGGCAAAGACUACAAGGAGACCAGUGCGUUCUGGAGUCCCCUGGAAUACCUGGGAGGAGAGAUGACGGGUUUGCUCAUCACCAAGACCAAAACCCAGCGUGGUCUGGUGGAGCCCAUCACCUGCGUCAGGAAGCCUCGAUGCGUUCAGAUGGAGACCGGAUUACCAGCCUCAAAGGAUGCUGGGUACCGCGGUGCCUGGGACCGCAGUCUCUUCCUGAUCUACCGGCGCAAGGAGCUGCAGAGCCUGAUGGCCGAGCUGGACUUCAGCCAACAGGACAUCGAUGGCCUGGAGGUGGUGGGCCGAGGGCAGCCCUUCUCAUCUGUCUCCGUGGAGGAGAGCAUGGUGUCUGAAAAGAGCCAGGAGGACAUUUCAGAAGACGAUGACCAGGACUUCUGCCCUGGUCAUGGUGACGCAGCCCCCAUGCCGAUUCUCGGCCCUUCUCUGCUCUUCUGUGGGAAGCCGGCUUGUUGGGUCAGAGGCCAUAACCCCCAGGACAAGAGCCAGGUUGGAAUUGGGGUGCGCCUGACCUUCGAAACCCUCGAAGGGGAGAAGACAUCCUCAGAACUGACUGUGGUCAAUAAUGGCACGGUGGCCAUUUGGUACGACUGGCGACGGCGGCCCCAGCCCGACUUUUUCCAGGACUUGAAGAAAACCAGGAUGCAGCGGUUCUAUUUUAACAACCGGGAAGGUGUGAUUCUGCCCGGAGAAACAAAAACCUUUACCUUCUUCUUCAAGUCUUUGAAUGCCGGGGUCUUCAGGGAGUCCUGGGAGUUCCGAACCCACCCCACCCUCCUGGGCGGCGCCGUCCUGCUGGUCACUCUGCAGGCAGUGUCCCUGACCCAGGACGUUUUCAGGGAUGAGAGGAAGUUGCUGGAGAGCAAGCUGGCUGCCCACGAGUCGGCUACCAUCGUCCACAGCGUGCUGCAGGAGCUCCUGAGGGGCAUCCUGACCCCCGAGCGCAUGCCAUCCCCGGUGGAUGCCUACCUGACAGAGGAGGACCUGUUCCACCACAGGAACCCUGGGCUGCAUUACCAGUAUCAGGUGGUUCAAGGCCUCCACCAGCUGUGGCACCAGUACAUGAUCCUGCCCCUCAAGGACAGGGAGUCCCGGCCCAGCCAGGAAGAGCUCCCGAGCUCCCGGAUGCAGGCAGCCUCUCCAGAGAAGGUGAAUCCUGAGAACUUCAGGAGUCCAGUCCUGGAGCUCCAGCUACGCCAGCAGGAGAGCAAGGCCUAUAGGGACUCCCAGGAUCCCUCCCUGUCCCAGAAGCCUGCUUCAGGGACCAAGAAUUCCCUGCGCAAAAGCAUCAUGGAGGAGAUCCUGGUGGAGGAGAGCCCAGACCUGGAGAGCUUCAGGAGUUACUCAGAGCCCAGCGGCUUCUCCUUGCCAGAGUGGAACCUCUGCCUGGGGGACCUCAGAAAGGCCGUGAUGACCCUCCCCGAGGAGCACGAAAGAGAGGAUGCGCUUGUCAGGGUCAACAGGGCAGCCCUGGAGCUGUGCCCAGAACAGAGGCCGCUGCAGGCCAACCUCCUGCACCAGCUGUGUCUGCAGCUGUGGCGAGACGUGACCGACAGCCUGGUGAGCCACUCCCUGUGGCUGCGGGUGCUGCUGAGCCUCCCGGAGAAGGAGACUGUGUAUGUGUUCGCCCCCGAAGAGCAAGAUCAGAAAUCAGUUCCCACCAUGGAAAUAAAGGCAACAGUUGGGAAACCUGGGAAGGAGGAGCGGAAAGGGACUGCCCAGGAGAAGAAGCAAGGGGCCACCAAGGACAAAGAGGACAAGAAAGGAGCCAAGACGCCCGUGAAAGAGGACCGCGCGAACAGCAAAAAGCAGAAGGUGAAGGAGGACAAGAAAGUGGUAAAGUCCUCGAGUCGAGACCGACUGUCCUUGGAAGACCCCACACCCGACAGCGCCAUGGCGUCUCAGGAGCCCGCCGACCCCCUGGUCCUGGAGAAAUACAUGCACCGGCUGCACACCGAGGUCUACGGGCUGCUGGACGCCCUGGUGACCGACCUGAUGGUGCUGGCUGAUGAGCUCAGCCCCGUGAAGGAUACUGAGGAACAGCUGUAUGUCUAACUGCCUCAGCCGUGUGACCUCCUGGGUAACAGUGAUGUCAAUAAAGAAUAUUUAGUUUUCUAGAA